CAUUCUACGAGUGGACGGCGCGCGCGCAACAUGGCGCGUGUUGUCGCGCUUUUUUUAUUGUACGUUAGCGUCGCGUGCGCAGAAAUAUUAAAACCCCCAUACUUCAACUUGGCGCUUGGAAAAAGAAUUACGGCAACAGCAACAUGUGGUGAUGAAGGACCGGAAUUAUAUUGCAAACUAGUCGGCGCCAAUGCAGAUCAUGAUGAAAGAGUCAUCCAAGGACAGGUGUGUGACAUGUGCGAUGGUACAAACGAAGUCAAGAAGCAUCCUCCAGAAUUCGCUGUGGACGGCAUGGAAACUUGGUGGCAGAGUCCGCCGCUGUCCAGGGGAAUGAAGUACAACGAAGUCAAUUUGACCAUUGAUCUCGGACAGGAAUUUCAUGUGGCCUAUGUGUUCGUUCGUAUGGGUAACUCUCCGCGACCUGGUCUCUGGGCUCUAGAAAAGUCUACAGACUACGGAAAAACCUUUAAGCCCUGGCAAUAUUUUUCGGACUCACCGCAGGACUGUGAAAGAUAUUUUGGCCGAGAAAGUCUCCAGCCUAUUACGAAAGAUGACUCUGUUAUUUGCAGUACUGAAUACUCUAAAAUCGUUCCUCUUGAAGGUGGAGAAAUACCAAUAUCGUUACUGAACUACCGGCCAUCAGCAAACAAAUAUUUCAAUUCAUCUGUUCUGCAAGAAUGGACUCGAGCUACGAAUGUUCGUCUACGUUUGUUAAGAACUAAGAAUUUAUUGGGUCAUCUUAUGUCAGUUGCUAGACAAGACCCAACUGUUACAAGAAGGUAUUUCUAUAGUAUUAAGGACAUCAGUAUUGGAGGUCGAUGUAUGUGCAACGGACAUGCCGAUACCUGCGAUCCUGCCGAACCCGGCAGCGACACCAGUAUUCUCGUCUGCCGCUGCCAACACAACACAUGCGGACCUCAAUGCGCUGCGUGCUGCCCCGGUUUUGAACAGAAGAAAUGGAGAAUAUCGCAGAACUGGGAUAGAUUUGCAUGUGAACCCUGCAAUUGUCACAAUCAUACCACCGAAUGUGAGUACGAUGCAGUUAUUGACGAAAAACAUUUAUCGCUUGACAUUCAUGGUCUGUAUGAAGGAGGCGGUGUUUGUAAGAAUUGUCAACAUAACACGGAAGGAAUAAAUUGUAACAAAUGUAAGCCCACCUUCUACCGACCUUAUGGCAAAACCUGGGACGAACUCGAUGUAUGCCAACCUUGUAAUUGCAACUUACAUUACUCUACUGGCAAUUGUGAGGAAGAGACCGGUCGAUGCGAGUGCCGUUCGGAAUUCAAUCCGCCCAAUUGCGAUUCUUGCGCCUACGGUUACUUCGAUUACCCAAACUGCAAGCCUUGUACUUGCAAUCUUAAUGGUACUGAGGGUCAACAUUGUACGCCAACUGACGGAAUGUGUCCUUGUAAAUACAACUACGCUGGCAAAUCAUGUGAAAUGUGUGCAGAUGGAUAUUAUUCUCCUGAAUGUAAAAAUUGUGAAUGUAAUUCCGUUGGAUCUGUAUCCCAAGUGUGUGACAAAGAAUCCGGUAACUGCACGUGUAAAAGUAAAUAUAGUGGUCGCACAUGCAAUCAAUGUGAAGCCGGGUACUACGAAUAUCCAACCUGCAAGCAAUGUAACUGUGACGUAAGUGGUACUGAGCCAAAUGUAUGCGAUGACGUUACUGGCCAAUGUGUCUGUAAACCAGGUUUUGGUGGUGUUCGCUGCGAUCAAUGUUUAUCUGGAUACUUCAUGGAAGUUAAAGGACGCGAACGUUCUUGCGUACCCUGUAACUGUUCUCCGACAGGUUCAACUUCAACAAGUUGCUCCGCCGAUGGCAAAUGCAACUGUUUAGUCAAUUUUGGUGGAAAACAAUGUGACCAAUGCUCUCCUGGAUAUUAUAAAUUCCCAGAAUGCCUACCAUGUAAUUGUGACGAAUCUGGUACAUUUGGUUCCACUUGUGACGAUAGCGGUCAAUGUCAUUGCAAACCUAACUUUGAUGGAAUCAAGUGUGAUAAGUGUAAAGAACAAUUCUACAACUUCCCGGCUUGCGAAGAAUGCAACUGUGACCCUCGAGGUGUCAUAGCUUCUUUUGCAGGCUGUGGAUCAGUACCCGCUGGAGAGCUCUGUCAAUGCAAAGACCGAGUACAAGGAAGAAUUUGCAAUGACUGCAAACCAUUGUUCUGGAAUCUUCAAGAAUAUAAUCCUUCGGGAUGUCAAGAAUGCAGCUGUAACUUGGCUGGAACCCUUGGUGGCCUUGGUGCUUGCAACACACGUAGUGGCCAGUGUACCUGCAAAAUGAAUGUUGGCGAAAGACAAUGUGAUGAAUGUCAAGAUGGAUUUUAUAAAUUGGAAUCUCAAAAUCUAUUUGGUUGUGCUGCUUGUGAUUGCGAUAUUGGCGGUUCUAUUGACAACAACUGCGAUAAGCGUACCGGACAAUGUCGUUGUCAUUCGCGGGUAGAAGGCCGCCGCUGCGACCGACCUAUCCGAGCUCAUUACUUCCCCACACUGCAUCAGUUCCAAUACGAGGUGGAAGAAGGUCUUACUCAAUCUGGACCUGUCAGAUACAGAAAUUCAGAGGAUGUUUUUCCCGGAUACUCAUGGAAGGGUUAUGUCGUUUUCUCACUUUUGCAGAACGAGGUAAUAAAUGUGGUGCAUAUCGGAAAAUCUUCAUUAUUCCGUAUGGUCUUAAAAUAUGCAAACCCUCUACGAGAUCCUGUUACUGCUACCAUUAUUGUCACACCGGAAAGUGUUAUUGAUACAAAACAAGGGUUUAAUGUACAAUUAAGGCCUACUACGCAACCACAAUUAGUAACAGUUUUAGUUGAGAAGGGUAUUGCUCCAGCUCCAUUUGUUAUGAAUGCUGGAACCUGGACUGUCACAAUUAAAACCACUAAGGAAGUUAUGAUUGAUUACUUCGUGCUUAUACCUGAAGCUUACUACGAGGCUACUGUUUUGACUAAGCUUGUUGAUAAACCAUGUAUUAUUGGUGAAAAGAAACUUUGCAGACAUUUUGCUUAUCCCAGCCUCAGCGGGUUUCCAACUGCUAAUGUAUCUGAUAUGGUAUCUGACGUUACUGACUUUAUAAACGAUCCUGAGCAACUGCAAGAACACAAUGCUGGUCCCAAUGAUAUACCAAUUAUCAACAAUGAACAAAAUGAAAUUGAGUACAAUAUCAAAAUUGAUCCUAGCGGCGCCUAUGUUAUAAUAAUUGAAUACAUUACUCCAAUAAAUAGAACAGCCUUAGCAGCAAGUGAAAUAAAUUCCGAUCAAGGUGGAAUGUAUGAUUUAGCUCCAAGAGGUGCAGUUGCCAUAAGAUUUCAAUCUGGAGAUGGUCCUGAAACUAUUGCUUUCGCCAACCUCAAUGACUGUCCAUAUACAGCACCAUGUAGGCAAGUGGUCGUUGAUGAUUUAUCAAAGAUCUCAGUUUUUAAUGUCCAGGAACCAAAUAAUGUAAUUUAUUUAGAUGGAGAUACUGACACUUUGGCCGCCAUCAAAUCAAUUAUCGUGAUCCCAGAAUCUCAAUGGCAUCUCGACUACAUCACGCCACGACCAUAUUGCUUAAGACGAAACGGACGCUGCAGUCCGGCUGUUUUUUCAACUGCAGUAGAUUCCAAAAAGGUUGAAAUAGAAAGCGGUACUGGAGGAGAUCGCGAGAGACGUCCACCAAUCUUAGAUAACUCAACCAUGGUUGUUUAUUUAGUACCUCAAUCAGAUCCAGUGAAAAUUGAAUCCAAAGUUCCUUCUCCCGGAGAUUAUAUAUUCGUUAUACAUUAUUACCAACCAGAUAACCCAGAAUCCAAUAUUAGUAUAAACAUAACAACUGACGGGCAGCAACGCGAUGCCACUCUUCCCAUAGAACAUUGUCCUUCUAAUUCUGGAUGUAGAGCAAUAAUAAUCCAAGCAGGUGGUAAUAAGCAAUAUGCAGUAAAUGAAAAUUUCACCAUAACAUUCCAGGGGAAUACUAGUAAAGGAGUUUGGUUAGACUAUGUGCUCGUCAUAGCUAAAUCAGAUUUUAUUGACUCAGCCCUAAAAGAAAAUAAUAUGGUGGAUUAUACAAGAGAAUUUAUUGAAAAAUGUGCUCUAAAUCAUUACCACAUUAGUUCAAAUGAAACAGGUUUUUGUCACGAUGCAAUGUUUUCAAUAACGUCAGAAUACAACAGCGGCGCAUUAAGUUGCUUCUGUGACUUUAUGGGAUCUACAGAAUUAGAAUGUAACACUUUCGGAGGCCAAUGUCCCUGCAAAGAGAAUGUAAUUGGUAGAACAUGUAGUGCUUGUAAAACUGGAUACUACGGUUUCCCUAAUUGCAGACCAUGUCAUUGUCCUUCUACCGCCAUUUGUGACGACAAUGGAGAAUGUAUUUGUCCCAAGAACGUGGAAGGAGAGAACUGCGAUCGUUGCAAGCCAUAUACAUUUAACUUUGAUGUGCAGCGCGGCUGUGAUGAUUGCAAUUGCAACCCGAUGGGAGUCAUAAACGAUCAGCUUCAAUGUGAGGCUGACAGCGGAAACUGUCCAUGCAAAGACAACAUUAUUGGACGAACUUGUGAUCACUGUGAACCGGGACAUUAUGAUUUUCCCGAUUGUGUCCAAUGUAGCUGUGAUCUUAAUGGUACUACUGAUGAUGUAUGUGAUCAAAAUACUGCCCAAUGUUAUUGUAAGAAACAUGUAAAAGGCCAAGCGUGUGACGUCUGCAAAGAAGAAUAUUUUAAUCUUCAGUCAGACAAUCCCGAAGGAUGUACGAAAUGUUAUUGCUUUGGGAAAACUACAAGAUGCAGCAGCUCUCACCUUUCAUGGGCUGAGCUCAAUGGAAUGUCAGACUGGUAUCUAGCAAAUAUUGAAGCUAAUCGUACCCUGAGCAUAUUUCGUCUAGGCAUUGAUCCUACUUUAUUUAAUGACUCUGUAAUUAGUGCUGAUCUAUCGGGUAGCGAGGAAGAUUCACAAAAAGUUGUUUACUUUGGUGCCCCAGACUAUUAUCUGGGAAAACGUCUCAAUUCGUAUGGCGGAUAUCUUACCUAUUCCAUUUUCUAUACAACCCGUGAUGAUGGGAGGGCCAUCGCCGCUGCUGAUGUCAUUAUUGGUGGUGCUAAUGGAUAUAUUGUACAUAACAGUGUAGAACAACCGCCUUCUCAAAUUAAUUGGAUGCAUACUGUUCGUAUUUCUGAAGACGAAUUUACAAAUUUAGAUGGUACUGCAGUUACUAGAGAUCAGUUCAUGAAUGUCUUGGUAAAUGUCACUAGUAUUUACAUAAGAGCCACCUACUGGAAUGAGGCAGUCACUACCAGAUUAAUGGGUGUGACCUUAGAUUUUGGCAUUGAAGAGUAUGCUGAAUUAGACAAACAAGCCGCUUCCGUAGAAGAUUGUCAGUGUCCCAAAGCGUAUAAAGGACUUUCGUGUGAACAAUGUGCAGAAGGUCACUACAGGCUUACUUCUGGUCCACAUGCUGGAUUUUGCGUACCUUGUCAGUGCAAUGGUCAUUCCAAGGAAUGCGAUGUUAACACUGGAAUAUGUUUGGAAUGCACAGAUAACACAAUGGGCGAUCAUUGCGAGCAAUGUAUUCCGGGAUACCAUGGUGAUGCAACAGUUGGCACACCUAAAGACUGCCUCAUUUGUGCAUGUCCAAUGCCUUAUCCAUCUAAUAAUUUUGCUGUCGGAUGUGACCUUAGUGGAAAUGGGUCCCUAAUUUCAUGUGUUUGUAAGCCCGGAUAUGGCGGAGCACGAUGCGAAUUUUGCGCAGCUGGAUAUUAUGGAGUUCCUGAAGAAAUAGGGGAUUAUUGUAAGCCCUGCAACUGCUCCGGUAACAUAAAUACGGAUGACCCUGGAUCUUGUGAUAGUAUUACUGGAGAUUGCCUUAAAUGUGUCAACAACACUUCUGGUGCCGCUUGCAACCUAUGCGCUCCAGGAUUCUUUGGUGACGCUGUAUUCUCCAAAAACUGUACAGCUUGCGUUUGUGAUGAAUACGGUAUGGAGCGAUGUGAUCCCAGUACUGGAACUUGUAUUUGCCGUCCUGGAGUCAUAGGCAGCAGUUGUAAUCUCUGCAAGCCGGACCAUUGGGGUCUGAACAGUGGACAAGGAUGCACACCUUGUGACUGUGGAAUCGCUUCUGAAUCAUCUCAAUGUGAUGACAAUAAUGGGAAAUGCAAAUGUGCAAAAGGUGUAACAGGAAUGCAUUGCGAUCAAUGUGCGGCAGGAUACUGGAAUUACUCUAAAGACGGAUGCGACCGUUGCAACUGCAAUAAAGGCUAUUCCGUUGGAUUUAUGUGCAAUGCUACUGGGCAAUGCGAAUGUCUUCCGGGAGUAGUCGGUGAAAAAUGUGAUCGUUGUCCAGAAAGAUGGGUAUUGAUACCUCAAGAAGGUUGCUUGGAAUGUGAUUCUUGUACUGAUGCUCUCAUUUUUACUGUUCAAAAUCUAACUGAAUUACUGCUCAACGAAACACUCGACUUUAAGGAUAAAGCCGAUUCAUUCUUUACAACUCAACGUCUUAAUUACAUAGCAAACCAAACUGAACUUUUGAAACCAAGAGUCUCUGAAUUAAAGAACGUUGAACUAGAAACAGUUACGUCAUCCGUUAAAACUCUUGAAACUAGUGCGAAAAAUCUUCUUCGUUCGGCCGAAUUUGCUGCGACCGACAGUGAUAAGCAAAUAUUACGAGCAGCGGAUUUAGCCAAUGUUGCCAACGAUAUUCUGGCUUCAGUACGAAAAAAUAGUGAAAAGGCAAAAAAAUCUGUGUCUCACGUGUCUGAACUAGCCACUGGUCUAGAACUAAGUCAGCAACCAAAAGUGGAUAGUGCAGUGACAGAAGCAAGACAAAUUAAAAAUGAUAUUGCAGAAAAAGAUUUCAAAAACAAGGAAGUGCAGGCUUUUAAUGCUUAUACAAAUAGCACAAAACAGAUAGAACGAAUGAAUCUUUUUGUACAACCAGUUAACGAACAAGUAAAGAAAUUUGAAUCCCUACUUAAUGAUACACGCAAAUUAAAGAAAAAACUAGAUGACAUGCUUGAAUACACAGAUCUUGCUCAACACACAGCAACGGAAGCAGAAAAACUAAACGAGAUAAACAAAAAAUCAAAGUUCGGAAAUAAAGUUUUAUCAGUUACUAAACUUAACGGUGCUGCUAUGAAAGACUUAAUUGACGCUGCUAUCGACAUUAAUAAUGCAACAUUCUGGACUAUAAAGGUUGGAAACAUUGUGCAAAACGCAUCAAAAGUCUUAGAAGAAGUUAACAAUACCAACGGGAAUGUUAAAGAUAGCUUAGAUAUGAUAGCAGACAAAUUACCUGAACUAACGAAUCUAACAGACGAAGCAUUAAAUCAUGCACGUAACUUAAGAAAUCGAGCUGAUAAACUAAGAGCACUAGCAGAACAGGAAAAUAACAAUACGCGUACCCAGCAUGCUUAUAGUGCAGCAUCAGCUUAUUCUUCAAUAGUUCAAGAAAUUCAAGAUGCUAAAAGAGCAAGCGAAGAAGCCGAAGAAGCCGUAGCCACGGUUACGAAUAUUAACAAUGAGCUAAAUGAGCGUGUUAUGCCCGCGAGAGAUGGAUCGCUAGCACUUUCUGAUCGUGCUUUGAAGGCACUUGAAACUGUUGAACAAAAGCUUAGUCCUAACCUAACCCUUGCUAAAAUAGGGCUACAAAAUGCAACAUCUACGCUUGGUUAUGCAGAUGAUGAAAAUAAUGCCAUACAAUUGUCGCUUCCAAGUUCACCGCAGACUUCUUUACAUGAUGAAACUGAAAAAGCUGAAAAAGUGGCAAAAACAGUCAAAUCAACAAAGGGAAUUAUGUCUUCUCUUGGAAGUGAAUUGGAAGUCAGCAAGGAAUUCGCACAAACACUGCCAAAAUUAGCGGACGACGCACAGAAAAUGACCUCAAACAUUGAUAACUUAUUAAACAAAAUUAAUCAAAUGGAUCCCACAAUAUCGUCCACAUACCGAACUGUUAAACUGAAACAGGAAAAUCUCGAGAGUCUUCGAAAAGAAGCCGACGAAAAACUUCAAAAGUUAAGGGAAUUAAUAGAACAGGCUCGCACCGUAGCAAACCGUAUACAAGUAGGGGUAACAUUUGACCGAUGGUCAACUCUUCAGCCACGUCUACCAGACACAGUGGAUGAAAUGUCAACCUCAACACACGUUUCAGCCUAUUUCCGAACUAAAGAAAAAAAUGGAUUCAUUUUAUACCUCGGAAAUCCUAAAGACACGAUGUUAAGAAGAACAAAAUCGGAUGACUUUAUGGUUAUCGGAGUGCAAAAUGGUUAUCCUUAUCUCGUCAUGGAUAUUGGAGAGACCGCUGAAUCUGGCCGUGAACCAGCUAGAAUAGGAAGCGAAAAGUUUGUGGCUGAUAAUAGGUGGUAUCAAGUUGUAGUUGACCGAGUAGGAAGAAACGUAAAAUUAUCCAUUCGGGAGAGUCUUGAUAGCGGUUCAGACAAAAUCCAUGUUAAAGAAGCUGUUUUACCAGGCCAACAUACCAUCUUUAACUUAGAUCGAGACAAAUCCAAACUUUAUGUUGGAGGAGUUCCAUCAGAUGCAAAACUUCAAGGCAUAAGCUUCCCUGCAUUUGAAGGACAAAUUGAGGAAUUAAUGAUUGGCGACACACCCGUUGGUUUAUGGAAUUUUGUCAGCUCGGAUAAUUUGAAAGGUGCCAGGCAAAGAGAUAAACUCAUAUCAUCACAAUCGGGUCCCCAAGAGUACCGAUUCAAUGGGCGUUCACACGUGACUAUGCCUGGCCGAGGUUACCUUAGUCCACAGAAGAAUCAGGUGCUCCUGUUCUUCAGAACUUAUGCUCCAGAUGGUCUGAUCUACUUGGUAGGAGAAGGAAAACACUUCUUCUCGAUACAAAUGCAAGACGGUCACGUUUAUUUACAAGUGUCUCUUGGAAAUACCAAUGACAUGGUUAUUAUUGGCACAACAAAAGCAUAUAAUGAUGGCAAAUGGCAUAGACUUGACGCUGGAAGGUACUUCAGCUCGUGUUCUCUUAGAGUGGACAAUGAAAUACUUAAAAUGGUAUCGACAUCCGCAGCUAAAGAGAUACCUUCGUUAGAUACAAUGAAUUUCGGUGGAAAUAAUAAAGACAUUAUACAAGUUACAAACAAAGGUUUUGAUGGUUGUAUAAGACAAAUAAGUAUCGACGGUGUUAAUAUUGAUUUAAGUGAAAAUGUUGAAUCGGUAGGAAUAGCCUACGGAUGCCAGUUUGCAUCACUAGUAUCUUUAUCUGGUGAGAACAGCUAUUUGCGCUUCGUAGACAUUUCAACAGAGAAUCUCCAAUUAACUCUCAAAUUUAAAACAAAUGAGCCUUCUGGCUUAUUAUUUGUUUAUGUAAGUCGAACACAAACAACUUCAAUGCCAGACAGUAUUUCACUAUCUCUUAACAAAGGAAAACUGGUAUUAAUGAGCCAGAGAGAAUCACUAGACACUGGCCUCAGCACAUAUAACGAUUCCCAGUGGCACGUAGUCACAGUUACUCAUAACGACAAAGCUUUACGGCUAGUAGUGGAUGAUUUUGACUAUUUCAGCACUGACUCAGCUCCAGCACCAUUACAUAUUAUAAAUGGCGUACUCUUUGUGGGUGGCGUCCAACCAGGUUAUGUAGUGGGCGGAGAAGUAGGCUCUAAAACACCUUUCAAGGGUUGUAUAGCUGACGCAACAUUUAAUGGACGAGUACUAAAUCUAUUAGAACCAUUUAGCAAUCACAGCGUCACAUUUGGAAGAUGUGGUAAAAUUACAACCACCGGUGGCGUUCCUCCAGAUGUUAGUUUAUGGCCUACUCCAACUCGCGAUGACGUUCUUCCUACGCCAGUCCUGAAUGUUCCCGUGGAUGAAAAAGAACCACCAACCUUAGUAUUUAGCGCAGAAGAAACCACAACAGCAAUGGCAGUGCCAUCGACAGAAUCUUUGCCUCCAACAACAACAACAACAAUGGCACCCAUUCCUUCCACUACCACUGCUCGAGCAUCAACCACUACCAGAAGGCCCCCUCCAGCACCACAACCUGGAUGUGCACUUGCUUUUGAUCCACAAUAUGAAAUUGGUGAUCCGUUGGAAGGAUACAGAUUCGGUACGAAAGAGGAUAGCCGCAUAGAAUACGCUAAAUUACCCGGAAGACAAUUAGAAGGUUUUGAUUUAACUAUAAGUUUCCGAACAUUUGAUCAACAUGGCGGUUUAAUAUUUUAUGCCGCUGCUGAAAGAGUCCCAACCCAGUUUUUGGCGUUAUAUAUGAAAGAUGCUAAGCUACACUUCACGUUUAACUGCGGUGGAGAGACAGGACUAGUCACGUCAUCAACAACAUACAAUGACACUGAAUGGCAUACAGUUACACUCGUAAGAAAUAACGGUCACGGCAAACUAACUGUUAACUCUGAAAGAAUCGGGGAAACUAGUGUGUCAUGUUAUGCACCAACAGUACUCGCUCCACCGUACUAUUAUGGUGGAUUAAGAAAUGUUACUAAUACUAUCAGUCAAAAUCUAAUGGACUUCUACCAACCAUUUAAAGGAUGUCUAAAAGGUUUGAUGAUGAACGGGCAAUAUGUUACAAACAUCUUAGACCGAGUAAAUGCUCUACGCUGCACAGACAACGUCGAGCAAGGGGUCUACUUUGGUCCUUCAAAUAACAAUCACAGCAAUUAUUUGAAAUUGUUAGAAAACUUUAAGGUUGGGUAUGAAAUUUCUAUAACUAUGGAAAUAAAGCCUCGCAAUUCAACUGGUCUAAUUUUAAGUGUCUAUGGUAAAAAAGACUUCAUGAUUUUGGAACUUUUGGAGAACGAAGUCAUUGCGAAUGUAGAGAAUGGAAAAGGUCCCUUCCAUGCUAGUUACAAACUGGGCAACAAAUUCUCCUUGUGCGAUGGAAACUGGCACAGAAUACACGCUGUUAAGUCUCGCCACGUGGUGUCAGUGGGCGUUGAUGGUCAUUUCUCGGACGCUGGUCUCGGUCAAUCCGGCUCCACGGACACCAGAUCUGCAUUGUACAUUGGUGGGCACGUGCGUCCUAUCUCAACCCUACGUGGUACCAGCUCCAAACGUGGUUUCACUGGCUGCAUAAGAAACAUAGUCAUCAAAGAAACACCCGUACAUAUUCCACUGAGUGCUGCCCGAAGAGACACUCACGUAGGAGUGUGCCCCAGUGAUUGAAUGAAAAUUUAAAUUUGUACUUAAAAUGAUCAUCACUGAUUUCAUCAGCUUUUUAACUUUAGUAUUUAUCGUGUUCUUUCUCUUAAUUGCAUUUAUAGUAUGUAAUAUUGUAUUAGGAGCAAUUCAUAUAGACCACCAAAGAUUUAUGUAAACUUUAUACAAUAAAUAAAUAUUCUAUUCAUUUAUCGAA